GUACUUUUCUGCUCACUGGUGUGGUCCUUGCCGACAGUUUACUCCUGAAUUGGCCAAGUGGUAUGCUGCAGUCAAGAAAGAAAUGGGCGACAAGUUCGAGAUCGUGUUCUGUAGCGGAGACCGUGACGCCGAGAGUUUGAAGGGCUAUUAUGAGGAGCAGAAGUCCAAGGGAGGAGAUUGGUUGGCGCUUCCCUUUGAAAAAAAGGAUGACCUGGAUGGGCUCUUUAAGGUGAGUGGCAUUCCAACCUUCCUGAUCGUGGAUCCUGAUGGCAACGUGGUCUGCAAGGGUGGCCGGGCGCUGGUGAACCAGCACCUCUCUAUGCCUGCAAUUCCUUUCAGUGAUUUUCCCUGGGCACCCUCCGCAUUGCAAGAACUGGACGACCCUGGAGAGCAGGAUAUCAACGACAAGCCCACCAUGUGUUUGAUGCUUGAAAGUGUUCCCAUUGCCAACCAAUCCGAGAUCAUGGAGAAGGUAAAGCCAAUCGCUGAGAAGUGGGCCAAGACCGGUGAGAUUCAAUUCCUGGUGGCGCGGCAAAACAAUUCCGCUUCAGCCACCAUUCGCGCCGUGUGCGGACUUGAAACAGUGGAGAAGGUGUCCAAGACCGACCGCAGCGAGGUGUCCAGCGCGCGAGGAGCUCCCAAGGUGGUCCGUUCCAUGUCAGUGGAUACGCCCUGGCUCAUCAUCCUGGACUGUCCAGAGGGCGGUGCAAAGCGGC